ACAGCCGACCAUUUCGUGGGUUCGCAAUUUGACAGGCAAAAAUGGUUGGGUGUUCGGCCCUGGGUUGCACCAACUCAACGGAGAAGGGUCACAAGGUGUUCCGAGUACCUUGGGACCCUCAGCGUAAGAUGCAAUGGGCAGUAGCGCUCCGACGAAAGCAAAAGAACGGCGACUUGUGGAUUCCCGGCGUCGGCGCACGUGUGUGCUCUGCGCAUUUUGUCGAAGAGAAACGCAGCGACGACCCCAGCCACGUCGAUUAUGUGCCGUCUAUCUUCUCGUACAACAACGAUAGUCGUGCCCGAUCACGCAGGAGGAUUGAAAUGCAUCAUCGCCAUGCUGCAAUAUCGCGAAAACGGUUGGCAUCGCAGGAACAGCAGGCUAGCUGCUCCAGUAUCAACACUGCUGUAGAAAGUUUGGACGAUAUGGACAGUAUGAGCGAUGUGGACAGCAUGGACGCAGCGGAAGGGUCGCCAACUGGUGACAACAUGGUAGACGCAGAGGUCCAGGCGACAGAAUCAACAGGGAUGUGUGCAAACUGUUACUCCUUGGUCAAAGAACGGGAUGCACUCAGCGACGAGGUUUCCACACUGAGACGAAGGUGCAGGAGGCUGAAAGCAAAGCUGAAUACGUGCCAGGAUGUUGGGCAGAUGAGCGAAAAGAAGGUGACUUUCUACACAGGGCUCACAAAGGCAACAUUCUUGGCAGUGCUGGCAGCUGUGGUUGCUGCAUUACCACCUGCACGCAAAUGCCUUCCACACCCAAGCCAACUGCUGCUGUUUUUAAUGCGCCUGAGACUCGGUCUGCACAUAACAGACCUAGCCUACAGGUUUCAUGUGUCCGUCCCCACUGCUAGCCGGAUAUUCAAAGACUGGCUGGCCCCCAUGUCCUCAGUGUGUAGACAGCUGAUAGUGUUCCCUGAUCCCGACAUAGCGAGGAGCUGGCUCACAACAAAAGAACGGCACCAUUUCCCAAACCUAAGGGGCAUUAUAGACUGCACUGAAGUUCCAGUGUCGAGGCCUUUCAACCUGUCCACGCAGCAAGAAGUGUGGAGCAACUACAAACAGGGCUCCACACUGAAGUUCCUCGUCUGUGUGAAUACACAUGGCGCAAUCACCUUCGUCUCUCCUGUUUAUGGUGGACGAAUUUCGGACAAGGAGAUAACUCUUCAGAGUGGGUUCCUAGGUAUGUUGCUACCAGGUGACCAGAUUCUAGCAGACCGGGGUUUCCUUCUCCAUGAGGAGUUUUUCCUGCGGGACGUGCAGCUGAUAACACCGGCUUUCACAAAAGGAAGAACGCAGUUGCUCCACAAUGAAGUUGAAAGUUCAAGACGAAUAUCGUCGUCAAGGAUAAUCGUGGAAAGGGCAAUUGGGCACAUAAAAAAGUGGAGGAUACUGACUAACACAGUCCCCUACCAUCUUGUUCAAGAUUUUGACAACAUUCUCUCCGUGGUUGCCGGGCUCACAAACUUUUCACUAUCGCUUGCAAAUAAAGCCGAGGCACCAACCACUGGCACGGAACAUCUGUAGGAACAGGGCGUUCUUCCUUCUCCUUAUGCCACCUUGUAACUACGAAGCACACGGCAGCGGAAUGGCUACAAGAUUUCCCUAGCCUUCACGAAGAUGGAACGGGAAGAUAUCAUUACAAUCCGUCAGUUGAAGAGUUUUGCAAUAUUAGAUGUCCACAAUAAAUGAUCGAAAGAAAAUUUUGUACAUGUCUUUUGUGUUGUGUGCUUCAGUACAAGGUAUCCACUGUUAACGUUUGGAAAUGAUAAGCC